ACGUAACAACCUUUUCAGGACUCGGUUAUACUGCCAUGACUGCUGUCUCUGAUACUUAAAUUGACUGUUGCAUAUUUUGAUAUUAUCUUGCUUCUUUUGCCAAAUCAAGGGAAUAAUAUACAACAAUUGAUUAUUGUGAAGAGACGUUAUUUAUGUAUUUAUGUCUGAUCUAUGAAAAGGUGACGUCACGAUGGGGGUGAAUACUGAUGGUGAGGAGACGAACCCAGAAACAUCACUUCGGGAUGAUAAUCAGCACACGGCAGAGUCCUGGCAGAUGGAACACGAGACUGAACAUGCAGGGGGUACGAAGAACUUUCUUUUAGAUGAUGAGUGUGAUGGAGGAAUCCAGGAUCAGAAAUUGAUGGGCGCAACGGACACCUUGUUGAUCACACCACAAGAGAACAUGACAUCAGAGCAUGCCUCUGUGAUUUCCAUUACUGAACAAACGACACCACAAGAAUAUAAUACAGACGGGGAAGAUAUUGUAUUGUCCAACCAAUCUGACAUACAUAAAGAGAUGUUAAACAGCAACCCCGUAUCUGUCACAAACAACUCUUCUACAUCAGAUGACAUGUGUUCCCAACUAAAGGAAUGCAGAUUGCAAACAUUAGACAUCAUAAAGAUCUUAGACACCGACAUGAAUGAUGCUUUGGAAGAAUGGGAUACAGUAUACAAAGCACUCCUCGGUGAAACAUCCCUAUGUGAUGCUGAUGGGCCUACACACGAACUCCCACUCAAUCCUGACAUAGACAAGGUAGAUGAUGAAGGAUACACACCACUGUAUAAGGCAGCAUUAGAAGGUAAACUCAAUGAAGUUGAUGAUCUCAUUUCAAAAGGAGCCAACCUGGAUAAACCGAUCAAGGGAGGACUUCGUCCUCUUCAUGCAGCAGCUCAUAAAGGACAUGCAUAUAUCGUGGAUUUCCUCAUCCUAUAUGGAGCGGACCCUAGUGUCGAAUGUGACAUGGGUCAGACGCCUCUUCAUAAAGCAGCACUAGGAGGGUAUACCAACAUCAUAGACAGUCUUAUUGCAGAAGGGAUUGAUGUGAACAAGGAAGAUAACACGGGUUUUACACCAUUCCAUGCCUGUGUUGAGGAGGGGCAUUCGGAAGCUCUCAAAUCCCUCAUAAAUAAAGGAGCCAAACAGAACCAUUAUGGUGAAAUGACCGUACUCUUUGCUGCAGCUCAUUCCGGUCAUUUAGAUAUCGUAGAAUUCUUCAUUUCCAAUGGGGCUGACGUGAAUAAAGAAAAUGAUAGCGGGAUGAUUCCCCUACAUGGAGCUGCUGUUAACGGUAACAUGGAAAUCUUGGCAUAUCUCAUUAAAAAAAGGUCGGAUGUGAACAAAGCCGACUGUAAGGGUUGGACACCAUUGAAUGCCGCUAUUGAAAAUGGCCAUCUAGACGCUGUCAAAUAUCUCAUAGAUAAAGGUGCCAUGCAGAACAGGUUUGGCAGAAUGACCCCACUAUAUGCUGCAGCUCAAUUCGGUCAUUUUGAAAUCGCGAAUUUCUUAAUUUCCAUUGGUGCAGGUGUGAAUGAAGAACACGAUAAUGGAAGAAUUCCCUUACAUGGAGCUGCUGUUAACGGUAACACGAAAAUCAUGGAGUAUCUCAUUCAACAAGGGUCUGAUGUGAACAAGGCUGGCUGUAAGGGUUGGACACCAUUCAAUGCUGCUAUCCGAUAUGGUCAUCUAGAAGCUGUCAAAUAUCUCAUAGAUGAAGGUGCCAAGCAGAAUAUGUAUAAUGGCAUGACUCCUCUCUUUAAUGCAGCUCGAUUUGGUCAUUUAGAUAUCGUGGAAUUCUUUAUUUCAAUUGGCACUGAUGUGAACGACGAAAAUGAUGAUGGGAGUAUUCCCCUACAUGUAGCUGCUCUUAAAGGUUACAUAAAAAUCAUGGAAUACCUCAUUCAAUGUGGGUCUGAUGUGAACAAGGCCGAUUCAAAAGGAUGGACACCAUUCAAUGCUGCCAUUCAAUCCGGUCAUCUAGAAGCUGUCAAAUACCUCAUGGAUAAAGGUGCCAAGCAGAACAGGUAUGGAGAAAAUACUCCACUCUAUAUUGCAGCUCGAUUCGGUCACUUGGCUAUUGUGAAAUUUUUCAUUUCUAAUCGAGCUUCUGUGAAUGAAGAAAAUGGUGAAGGGAAGGUUCCCCUCCAUGGAGCAGCUAUUAAUGGAAACAUCAAAGUCAUGGAAUAUCUCAUUCAACAAGGUUCUGAUAUGAACAAAGCUGAUCCAAAGGGUUGGACUCCAUUCAAUGCUGCUAUUCAAUACGGUCAUCUAGAAGCUGUCAAAUAUCUCAUAGAUAAAGGUGCCAAGCAGAACAGGUAUGAUGGAAUGACCCCGCUAUAUGCUGCAGCUCAAUUCGGUCAUUUUGAUAUCGCGGAAUUAUUCAUUGCCUACGGGGCUGAUGUCAAUGAAAAAGAUGAUAGAAAGAUGAUUCCCCUUCAUGGCGCUGCUGCUCGAGGCCAUGUCAAAAUCAUUGAGUAUCUUCUUCAACAAGGGUCUGAUCUUCUCAAGGCUGAUCCGAAAGGUUGUACACCAUUAUAUUCAGCCAUCUACAAUGGGCAUCUUGAAGCUGUCAAACAUCUCGUGAGUAAAAGUGCAAAGCAGAAAAGAUAUGGAAUGACCCCACUCUAUGCAGCUUCAUGCUUAGGACACUUAGAUAUCGUGGAAUUCUUGAUUUCAAUUGGCACUGAUGUGAAUGACGAAAAUGAUGAUGGGAGAAUUCCCCUACAUGGAGCUGCUCUUAAAGGUUACAUAAAAAUCAUGGAAUACCUCAUUCAAUGUGGGUCUGAUGUGAACAAGACCGAUUCGAAAGGAUGGACACCAUUCAAUGCUGCCAUUCAAUCCGGUCAUCUAGAAGCUGUCAAAUACCUCAUGGAUAAAGGUGCCAAGCAGAACAGAUAUGAUGGAAUGACUCCACUCUAUGCUGCAGCUGCAUUCGGCCAAUUAGAUAUCGUGAUAUUCUUCAUUUCAAAUGGCGCUGAUGUGAAUGAAGAAGAUGAUAAUGGAAGGAUUCCUCUUCACGGUGCUGCUAUUAGUGGUAAUAUGAAGAUCAUGGAAUAUCUCAUUCAACAAGGGUCUAAUUUGAACAAAGUUGAUUCAGAGGGUUGGACACCAAUCAAUGCUGCUAUCCAAUACGGUUAUCUAGAAGCUGUCAAAUAUCUCAUGGAUAAAGGAGCAAAGCAGAACAGAUAUGAUGGAGCGACCCAACUCUAUUUUGCAGCUCAAUUCGGUCAUUUAGAUAUCAGAUGA